UCUUCUUUUUAAUGGAUUCCACGAGACUUUCCCAACCCAUUUCCCUUUUUCUUUGGUUUUAUGCUUGCUUUCAUUGUUUUUCCUUCUUUUUUGCAAAUGGGUCAUUAAAGAAGUUGUUGUUUGGUUCUUGUAUAUGUGAGAUUAGUGAUUGCCAUUUGAUUUCGGUGUUACAACUGGUGCUACUUCAGUUCAUAAUAGUGAGGCUAGUGGCAGAGGAAGCCCUUGAUUCAUUUUACUAUAUAUCCUGGAGAAGAUUAUCUUAUGAUGGAGUCCUGUGAUUGCAUUGAUGCCCAAUGGCCCCCUGAUGAACUUCUAGUGAAAUAUCAGUAUAUAUCAGAUGUGCUAAUCGCUCUUGCUUAUUUCUCCAUCCCGUUGGAGCUUAUAUAUUUUGUGCAGAAGUCUGCAUUCUUUCCUUAUAGAUGGGUGCUUAUGCAAUUUGGUGCUUUUAUUGUUCUCUGUGGAGCAACACACUUCAUAAACCUUUGGACCUUCUCGAUGCACUCGAAGGCUGUGGCGGUGGUUAUGACUGUUGCAAAAGUUGCUUGUGCUAUUGUAUCGUGUGCAACUGCGUUAAUGCUUGUUCACAUUAUUCCUGAUCUCUUGAGUGUCAAAACUCGAGAGAUGAUUCUUAAAAACAAAGCUGAACAACUUGACAGGGAGAUGGGCCUUAUUCUCACUCAGGAAGAAACUGGAAGGCAUGUUAGAAUGCUAACUCAUGAAAUAAGAAGCACACUCAACCGGGAUACGAUAUUAAAAACAACACUUGUUGAGCUCGGGAAGACCUUGGGACUUGAGGAAUGUGCGCUGUGGAUGCCAUCACGGAAUGGACUAAGUCUACAGCUUUCGCAUGCCUUGAACUACCAGAUACCAGUGGGAACUAAUAUUCCAAUUAAUCUACCUGUUGUCAAUGAAGUUUUCAAUAGUAAUCGAGCAAUAUGCGUUCCCUAUACUUGUCAAUUGGCUAGGGUCAGAACUUCUGUUGGAGGAAGAUACUUGCCACCAGAAGUUGUUGCAGUGCGAGUUCCACUCUUAAACCUUUCAAAUUUCCAAAUGAACAAUUGGCCUGAUGGCUCUUCCAGAAGCUAUGCAAUUAUGGUUCUAAUUCUUCCUACAGAUAGCGCUAGGAAAUGGCGAGAUCAUGAGUUGGAACUUGUCGAUGUUGUCGCAGACCAGGUAGCUGUUGCACUUUCACAUGCUGCAAUUCUUGAGGAGUCUAUGCGGGCGCGUGAUCAGCUCGUGGACCAAAAUGUGGCUUUGGAUUUAGCCCGAAGAGAAGCAGAGACAGCGAUUCAUGCUCGUAAUGAUUUCCUGGCUGUCAUGAACCAUGAAAUGAGGACGCCGAUGCACGCAAUAAUUGCUCUUUCAUCCCUGCUUUUGGAGACUGAACUGACUCCAGAACAAAGAGUGAUGAUAGAGACAAUACUCAAAAGUAGUAAUCUUCUAGCCACUCUGAUUAAUGAUGUCUUGGAUCUCUCAAGACUUGAAGAUGGCAGCUUGGUUUUGGACAUGGGAUCUUUCAAUCUUCAUGCUAUUUUCAAAGAGGCAUUAGAUCUUGUUAAGCCCAUUGCUUCGGUUAAGAAGUUGUCGAUGGCUUUGAUUUUGGCAUCAGAUCUACCGAUCUGUGCUGUUGGUGAUGAGAAGCGGCUUAUGCAAAUCAUCUUGAAUAUCGUUGGUAAUGGGGUGAAGUUUACUAAAGAAGGUCACGUUUCUAUCAUAGCAUCCGUUGCAAAACUGGAUUCUCUGAGAGAUUGGCGCCCUACUGAAUUCUAUCCAAUGCAAUCUGAUGGCCAGUUUUACCUGCGAGUACAGGUUAAAGAUUCAGGAUGUGGUAUUCCACCCCAAGACAUUCCUCAUCUGUUUACCAGAUUCACUCAGUUACAAACACGAUCAAACAAAACAAAUAGUGGCGUGGGACUUGGCUUGGCCCUUUGUAAACGGUUUAUAAAUCUCAUGGGAGGUCACAUUUGGAUCGAGAGUGAAGGCCCCGAUAAAGGAACGACAGCCGUGUUCAUUGUGAAACUUGGGAUCUGCAAUGCUAAUCCAAAUGACUUAUCGGUCAAACAAGUUGUACCCAUUGUAAAUCACAGAAGUGCAGAUCUCCAUGGACAAAGACCAAUCUUCAGAGAAACUGGUCAAGUUUCCUUCUCCAGUUCCCGGUAUCAACGAAGUCUUUAAACUUGAUGCAGUUGGAGUUUGAAGUUCCUUUUGGGAUUCUUUUUUUUUUCUCAGGGAAACCAUGAAGUUGAAAGAAAUACACUUCCAUUACCGCAGCUUCACAUUUGCUUACCGAACAAUAUUACAUGUUAUUAAUUAGAGAAAUCACAAGGAUGCCAAAUGUGCAGCCCACCAUAUAUAGUAUAAAAAAUCUAUCCUUCAACUGUUCAAGAUAAAACAUUUUGGAUUGUACUAUACAAAUGUCAGUUUACUCCAUCGAAUCAUUUUCCUUACUGCUUAACAAAGUGCCUUGUCGAUGUCAAUCGUCAAUGUCGAUGUCAAUCAAAUUAUUGAGAAGUCAUUUGUGCUUAAUUGAAUCCAAUUUACAGAUGCA